AUGGAUGGUCCUGCAGGAUGGUUCCCUUCCAAGUGUGUCUCUCCCAUACGGGAGCCGCACGUCCGUGGUCAAGAUGCCGAUCUGGCGGGUGGAAGGGGGCUCUGCAAAUUCGAAGAUGACUGGGACACCUAUACCGAUCCGGCCACCAUGCAGAAAUGGUACCACCGGCGCUCCACGGAGGAGUAUUUCUUCGAACGAAACCCCACAGGAUGGAAGAUGUAUUUCACCGAUAAGCAUCAGACCGAGCGAAGGUGGUGGUAUCAUGAGGCAGACAAUCGUUACUUCUUCGAGAAGUACGAGACCGUGGGGUGA